GAAACUGUGUUGAAGAUGAAUAAGAUGUCGAAAAAUAAAUUAAAUCUUACCCUCCCACCAGGGUCGAUAGACAUGGCUCCGGCUGUAACACCGUCUAAUAUGACACCCCAGCUGAAGUCUGCCACUGCCAACGAGCGACAGGGCCUUGCAGGGAAGUCAAAGACCAGCAUUGAAGCUUUGACAGAGCGGCUGGAACAGAUCGAGAUGGACGACACGCAACGACGCCGCAUCGAGGUCUUUCUCUGCCAGAAAGAAAAGAUUGGAGAGCUGAGCGAUGAUGACUUUGAGAAGCUUGGGGAAUUGGGCCAAGGUAAUGGUGGUGUAGUCAUGAAAGUUCGCCACAAGUCAACUGGUCUAAUCAUGGCUCGCAAGCUUAUCCACCUAGAAGUCAAGCCUGCCAUCAAGAAGCAAAUCAUCAGGGAGCUCAAAGUCCUUCACGAAUGCAACUUUGCGCACAUAGUCGGUUUCUAUGGAGCUUUCUACAGUGAUGGUGAAAUAUCUAUCUGCAUGGAGUACAUGGAUGGUGGUUCCCUUGAUCUGAUAUUGAAGAAGGCUGGCCGAAUUCCUGAAUCUAUUCUAGGAACUAUAACAUCGGCAGUGCUAAAAGGCUUGAGCUACCUUCGUGACAAGCACGCGAUCAUGCACCGUGACGUGAAGCCGUCCAACAUCCUUGUCAACAGCAAUGGGGAGAUCAAGAUCUGCGACUUUGGCGUCUCCGGCCAGCUCAUCGACUCCAUGGCCAACUCCUUUGUUGGCACCAGGAGUUAUAUGUCGCCUGAGCGUCUGCAAGGCACUCACUAUUCUGUGCAAUCGGAUAUCUGGUCUCUCGGUCUUUCGCUGGUGGAGAUGGCCAUCGGCAUGUACCCCAUCCCGCCACCAGACGCUAAAACGCUAGCGGCUAUCUUUGGUGGACAAAACGAAGACCAUUCUCCGGGUCAGGCACCGAACUCGCCCCGGCCGAUGGCCAUCUUCGAGCUGCUGGACUACAUCGUGAACGAGCCGCCACCCAAACUGCCGGCCGGCAUCUUCUCCGACGCCUUCAAGGACUUCGUCGACCGCUGCCUCAAGAAGAACCCCGACGAGCGCGCGGACCUGAAAACCUUGAUGAACCACGAGUGGAUCCGCAAGGCGGACGCGGAGAAGGUGGACAUCGCGGGAUGGGUGUGCAAGACGAUGGACCUGAUGCCUUCUACGCCCAACUCUAACGUGUCUCCUUUUUCUUCAUAAGCUGCAAGAAGUGCAUACUUUCAUCAGCGAAAAAGGGUCAAAACAUUUCCCAAGAGAGAGCGGGCGAAACGAUCAGUGAGGACGCUGGCGCGGAGGAGUAGCCCCAGACCACGCGAUGACAGAUAGCAGUAUGUCAACUCUAGGCACCAUUACCGACUGACAGCCACACACCGUCGCCAAUAGACGCGUCUACCCUUAUAACUACGACUGGCCAAAUGUACAAGCGUUUGAACAUGUUAAGCAGACCUGGAAUAUGCUGUUCAUUCGCGUUAAGAAUGCGGUACACAAUUUUCACAUCACGUGAUAUCUAAGUUACAAGAUUCGUCAGUUUGAAUUUCUUGCUGCAUGUCACGUGAUAAUAGAGCCAUGUGAUUGGUUACUUUAAAUUUAGUACUCCAUUCUUUAUGCAAAUUAGAUGUAACGUGCUUUGACGCCGAUGACGUAGUCGUUACAGGUUAUUGGGUAUCGCGUCUCCACAAAAACCCAUUUUACAUUGUUGUAACAUUAGCACAAUUCAAACUUCUGUCAUCGAAUAUAACACUCGAAAUUAAUAAAUUUAAUUUAUAGAAUUGGCUAAACUUAAGAUAAUAAAAUUUUGUAGGAUUACAACGUGUUACGCUACAGGGAACGAAAAUGUUACAUACAACGAUAGGCGCUUUCCUGGCCGU